CACCGAAAGGUUCGGCAUUGGGACAAGCACGUUUGAUGGCGAGGCAACGAAAAGCUACUUAAGGCGGCGUGUUCAGAGUGCUCCGAGGAUAUCUUCAGUUCACCAAUCUACUCUUCAUCAAGCUACGAAGAAUCCUUCUCCUUCAACAACACACCAAGAUGCGCUUCUCUAUUCCUGCUGCUGCCCUCGCUACCCUUGCGGUUGCUCACAGCGCCUCGGCCAUCAUCACUAGCAUGUCGGCUUCCAAAACCCCCGUCAAGGCUGGUGACAGCGUCGCCGUUACCUUCAACUGCACUGGCUCCCUGACCAACAACGAGCAGGACUACGCCAUCUUUGGCCUUACCACCCCGGACCGCACGCCGCCCGUUGGUAAGACCAUCGGGUCGCAGGCCAUCGCACGACAAGACAUCUCGAGCUACCCCAAGAACAACUACAGGACGCCCUUUACUAUUGAGGUCCCGAUCCCCGAGAGCGCAAAGUCUGGAGAGGCGCUCCUUACUACGGCCAUCUUUGGCCAGAUCGGCGCCAGUGGCGGCAUCACGGUCCAGUACUUCAACUCGACCAUCAAUGUUGCCUAAGAGACUAGAUGUCGUUGUCCUUUUUCUUCUUCUUCUUCUUCUUCUUCUUGACUUUUCUCGCAAUCUCUUCUGUACAUCCGUGCGUCCUUGCAUCUCCCAACAGCACUUCAUUAAUAGGCAUUGUUCAGUUCGCAUGUCCCAGAUCUACUUCUUCGCUUCGCUUCACGCGGAUGCAAAUGCUACGAACGCGGCUACACUCGUGUUUUGCUUGCCGCCAAGUGACAUGAUACACUAAAUCACACCAGCGUCCUGACGAAACAUUCUAGAAAGAAGUGGGAUUUCGUCUCUGUAUCGUCCUCGAUCUCGGCCAGAUCGCAAAGAG